GUCGAGCUCCGCCUCUGGUGACUCAACGCGUCGACUCUGUUCCUCCUUGCCUCCGGCCAUCAGGGGAUCCCCGCCUUGUUGAUGACCAUGAACAUAGCUGGGCAUCAAGGUGGCGGCGGGGUCCACCUGCACCUGCACGUCGCUGCUCGGCUCAGCGCAUGGCUGUUGCUGCUGCUGCUGCUCCCCAUCGACAUUGUUGAUGUUGAGCAAGUAGUCGACGUUGGACUUGCCCAACUCGCCUCCGACCAUCCGGGGAUCAUCCAUCGUCGGGUAAGCAGUAGCACCGGUGAAGAUGGCGCCGGCGGGGUCCUGCAUCUGCUGCACCUGCACGUCGCGGAUCACCUUGGUUGGCGGCGCCUCGGGGUGAUCGCCUGUCGCCGUCCUCUUGGAAUUGCAUUUCUUCUUGGCCAGAGACGAGGACGAACGGUGCACCUUGCACAGCACGUGGUCGCCGCCGCCGCCCUGGGUGUCGUCGUACUCGGUCAUGUGCCAUCCCAUCCUGUCGAAGCGAUGGCGAUGCCGACCCGACGUCCCCUCGUCCUCCUUCUCCUUGCGGCCGUAGGAUAAGCUGCAGAACGUGGCGCCGGGCAAGCCCUCCACGGGCUUCGGGCCAGUCUCCGAGUGCCAGCACGUCCCGGCGGUCUCCACCGCGCGCAGCCUGUGCCCGCUGGCCCUUCCCACGCCGUUCUUGUAUCGUUUCGGACAGUAUAGGUACCACUGCCUGUUGUACCCGUCCUCCGUCACGUCGGUGCCCGGCACCGGCUCCAGGCCGGCGACCAGCUCCUCAGGAGCAGCGGUGUACACGUCCACGUUGUGGAUGAAGGCUUUGUCGACGGUUCCGGCGCGGAGGCCGCGCAGGAGGGCGACGGACGCCUCGUUGGUGGCCCGGAAGACGUGAUCGUCGGCGGCCAUAUGCCACCGAUCUCCGAUCUCCAGGUGGUGAUGGUGGAUCGGCUAGCGCCUAGCGCGUACGUUCUGUCGCCGCGGGUGGGGGACGAUGAUGGCUAGCUUCUUGUGUCUACGUAAGUUCUGCACUGCACGCGGACAGGCAGGUAGCUAGGUAGGUGUUUAUAUACACCUUUACGAGAUAAGUCUGACAGCAGAAUUUUGAACUGUGAAACAGAUCGAUCUACUAGAUAUAUAGGAGAUAAAUCUCGAAAUGGUAUGGAUUUCUGUUUGUGAUAGGCUGCGUGCAGUGUAUUUCUGUUUGUUUUCUUUUACAAACGAUGGAUUUCUGUUUGUUUUCUUUUACAGACGAUGGAUGAUUUCUGUUUGUUUUCUUUUACAAACUUUGUAAAUUUGUUUUAGACGUCAAAACAAACCAUGCAUAUGC